AUGGCGCAAGAUGGUAUUCUGACUUCACUUUCAGUGUUCCCUUCUCCUACAGUUCCACUCAAAAGGAGGACAUCACGCAAAUCUGUUACAUUUGCACCCAUUUUGGAUGACAAAGAGAAUGAGAAUUGCGCAGUUUCCGCAGUGAAUGUUCCGGGCUUGGUUCGAUGUAAGCCCAAUCCUGCCGAACGCGCCCAAGUACCUGAUCCAGGGGGGCCACCACAACAAGAUCAAGAUCGUCCUGAACGUCAUGCCCGCGGACAGACUUUUCUUGAUCGCCCUUACUGGCAGCAACAAGUCUGGCAGCGACUUCAAGAAGAAGGUGAUGAUGCAGAUCCAGCAGAAGACGGUCCAGUUCUGUUCAUGAAUUCAUAUUUCAUUUGUCAUGCAACUCACCGUCGACAAGAACAAGGCAGACCCCUGCGUUUUGACACCAAUAUCGACACCUGGGAGAGAGACAUGAGGUUUAUCUGGGAAGACCUAGUGUCCCCAGUUUUGCCGCUUUCGGUGCAUUUGGUUACACCGGAGCCGCCUUUUUCCGUGCGACCAGGAACGGCAGGAACACUGUUGCUGGUGCAAAGUCCUCAUCCUCUUCUCUCUGCGUGCUUGAUUACGACUGUAGAGCCUGCCUUGCCUCGAAUGCACAUCACAGAGGUUGCGCAAUCAUUUGACUUCAUAGUUCCCUUUCGGCACAUCCUAUUUCAUGCUGGAGUUGGGGCACGAUGUGACGACAGACAAGCCCAACGCAUUGGUGACUGUGAAGUACGUGUUGGCCGUCGAGUCCUCCCGCAAGGACAACCAGUUCGACUUCAUGAAGGCAUGGGUUUGAUUGUUGACGUUCCUCCGCCAAUGUCACAGCCAGACUGGGAGGAGCAAGUUCUUGCACAGAUCCCGCCACUGACUCCACAUACAUGGCCAGAUGACACUGAAGAAACGUCACUCCUUGCGCAUUCUGCACGACCGCCUCCGGAGCAUAUUCCAAUCAUGGACAACUCCGACAUUGCGCAGGAUCCAAAUGACUCGCCAGCUCAGCAAGAUUCUGAUAGUUCCUCUUCCAAUGUCUCUUCGCCAUCAAGUUCCAUGACAGAUUGUCCUGAGACAUGGCAAGACACGCUUGUGCUGACCUUACAGGGGCAACCUGUACUGCUGCAACUUCCAUGGCAUGAUCGCCAUACAAUGUUACAGCAGUUACAGAAUGCGCUAGACUCAGACAAUGAUCGAUUGGUCUCCAUCCAUCAUGUUGGCACCAUGCCGGAAGACAUCCAGCAGAUUGCGCAUGAGUGCCUAUUGGUUGAAAUGUCAUCAAGCCCUUCAUGUUCACCAAUCAUGCGACUGAUUUUGGUUGACAUAGAAGUGUAUCCACCUGGAGAACAUCAACCAGUGGUUUUCAGUCGCAAGCCAAUUUGGAUGCCACAGACUGCCAGUCGAUUGACGGUCUUUCGACUCCUUGGCAUUGAAGACCACUAUCAAGAGAAUCCAUUACGUGGACAUCUUUGGUUGAACCACAUUUGGAUUUCACAUGAUGAUGUGAUGCCCUUACAAUUUCUUCAUGGCGAUUUUCUUGCAGCAGUGAUCCAAGAUGCUCAAACUUCUCCAUAUGCACAUGAUGAAGCAGAUGUUGCAUCCCUCUUUCAAGGAGAUCGGCACAGUGAUGUUUCUCUUCCAGGACGCAUUCAUCAAUGUAGUCGUACAAAUGCUGCCCGGGCUCACCAUGCGCCUCACGCUGUGUCAACAUCCACAACUUCAACUCUUGCCUCCUCCACAAGCGACAACAACUGGCUUAUACCAGUAGGCAUGUCUUUCAUGCAACAUGCACAAGCCACUGAUGAUGAAGGACACGCUGAAGUUGAAUGGAUCACGUGGCACAUGUGCCCAUAUGUGCGGCUCCGCAGUGAUGAUGCUCGGCCCAUUCGAUUUGACAUUGAACAGCAUGCUUGGCUUCGUGAUCUGCAACAUCUAUGGCGUGAUCAAUGGAUUCCACAUUUGACUGCUCGCAUUCUAGUCGUUGAUCCCUUUCCGCCAAAGGCUGCGUAUGAGCAUCAUGUUGGUCAUCUUCUGAUUGUACAAGGUGAUCUACCUCAGCACGUGCCAGUCUUGAUCACGACAGUGUUUGAGUCCGCCCUUGGAAGACGUCUCUCUCACCAAGCGUGUUUUCUUUCGCAACACUUCGACCCAGCUCAGCUUUUUCAAAUCAUGCGGCUUGAAGCCAUUUGCCAGAUGCGUAGCUGUCGGAUUGCUCUUGCGGGACAUGAUGUACCCCUUCAAGGUAUCGGACAUGCCACAGCUGGUGACAAUGUCAAAGUUCACGUGACACCGAGUGCUACUGCCGGUGCAUCCUUGAUUCAAACCGCGGCUCUGCACAGACGUGUCAAGCAGGUAUCCAACCAUCCAGAUGCCCUUAUUGAAUCCUCAACAACACCUGAAGAAUGUCAUGAUGCACUUGAAAUGCCUUGGAUUAGCAACAGCGACGAACGGUUUGUCUUUAAUCCAGCCGCCCCAGCCUUCGAGCCUGGGCGAAUCCACUUGGCAGGACAAUCUGAAUUUAUUCAAGAUCUCUACAGCCAGUGGUAUCAAAACGCAUUUGCAUGGGAGGGCGAGGUACCAUCAUGUGUCAUUCUCACAUGGAUGGUCGAUCACACGUGGGAACAACCUCAUGGAUUUCUUCCCCGCCCUGUUCGGCUUCACGAUGAUUAUGACGCAUGGGAAGAUCGCAUCCGCCAGGCCUGGCGAGACCUUCUGCACCCAGAUGCUCCCUAUGAGAUCUCCCUUGUGUUCCCCAAGCCACCCUCUCAUGACAACACGGUGAUUGCGCAUGUGGUCUUAAUUCAACACCCACGUGAGGAUUGGGUCACCAGCGUCGUCACAUGCUUUGACAACAGUGUCACUCCUCAAGCAGUGCAUCAAGAACUUAUUCCUGCACCCACGUACAUCAACAUUGACUUCACCCAGGUGAUUCACAUGCGGACCAAGCUUCUUUUGAUGGAUCUUGGGCCGGUGCAACCACGCGCAAGUGUUGUGAAGUGGCAUUUGUCCACACAAGAAGCGCUCCAACACAUUCCUGAUUGGCAGGGUGAUACACCUUCAGGAUUGUCCUUCUUUACCGAUGGAUCUGCAGCAUGUCUUCAAGAUGAUCGACGUGCAGCUGCGGCAGUGGUAUGUAUCGUUCAUACUGCUCAUGGUGAUCAAUUUGGUGGCUACCGCUGCUAUGACACGAGCAGUAAUGGUUAUGCCCCGCAUGCUGAAGCGGCCGCGAUUUUGACCUCUGUUCUCUGGGCCAUCCAGCUCUGUGAAACAUCAGUGGACUCCUCCGCAUGGCUCAUCCAGUUCCACUUUGAUUGCAUGUUUGCAGGCAUGACAGCCCAAGGUCACUGGUUUGCCAAAGCACAUGAGCAGAUGCAACAUACGACUCGUGCAUUGGUACAAUGGAUGGAAGCCCGCUAUUCAGUUCAGACCCAAUGGGUACACGUACCAGCGCAUCAAGGACAUCCAUGGAAUGAAGCAGCGGAUGCUGCAGCGUGGGCCGCAGUCUCUGCAUGGAUCCCACAGAUGGACUUCCAGGAUCUCAUCCGAUCUCUCCUUGCAGAACAACCUGUCGUUGCAUGGCUAUGGUUGCUUGACAAAGCCGAGCAAGGUCAUCCUGCCUUUCCCAGUAUCCAACAAGGUGUGAUGAAGGUGAAUGCCUCUGCAGCAUUACAUCCGGCACCUCGAGCAGAUGAUCAUCCAUAUGUGACCAAGCCUGAGCGAUGCCAAUUUCCGCUUGAGAAUGUCUCUUUUGAGUUGACCUGCGCAACUGCCAAUGUUCUGACUUUAUAUCAGAGUUGGAGGCGUGCAAUUGUGGGUCAAGGCAAAUGGAAGACCACGAGUGGAGUACUUCAGAUCUCCCAUGCCAAUUUACGCAUUGUUCAUGCCAGCCCUCAGUCCAUGGUGGUCAAGCUUGCGCAUGAUGAGCUUCGACUGGUUUUUCUAGUAGGUCAUGCCCCAAAUUGCUCAACAUUUGAAGCUGCCACGGCCUACUGGACUCAAUUGAGUCAUGCCAUUCCCACUGCAUUGCGCUCCUGGCCAUUGAUCGGUUUUGUGGAUGCGAAUGCUCGUGUAGGCUCGGUUGGCUCCGAGGCCAUUGGCUGUUUUGGACAGGAAACUGAGAAUCUCUCUGGCGAAUGUUUUCAUCAGUGGCUCCAUGACCAAUCAUUGUUUCUGCCACAAACCUUCGAACACCAUCAUCGUGGCGAUCAUGACACUUGGACUCAUAGCACUGGCACCACUGCACGGAUCGAUUAUAUUGCAGUUGAUCAAGCUUUGCGACAAGACGGCAUUCAAACGAGCAUUGCACCAGUUGACUUGACGCUACAUCAAGCUGAUCAUUGCAGUGUGCAAGCUCGUAUUCCUGUUCAAUGCAAGAUUGCCAGACAUGAUCGACCCAAAUUGCCAACCACGUUGCAGCAAGAUGCACCGCCGCACUUGCGAUGGGACUCUGAUGUCCAUACGCAUGCAGCGGCCUUACAAAAAUGGAUGCAAGCGACUCAGCCUCCACGUGACAAAGCUCGCUGCCGAAAGCACCAUUUGCAGGAAUCUACGUGGACCAUGAUCAAAGCCAAACGAUUCCACUGGAAUCGAAUACGCCAACUCAAACGUACCCUUCGUCAAAGCAUCCUCCAUGAGCUCUUUCAAACCUGGAAAUGCAAGAAGGUACAUGAAGAUGUGACACGCCUUCGACCAUGGCUGCGCCUCACCGAUCAAGCCCUUGCUUUGCAUACCUGGCAGCAUCAGCGACUGUGUGUGGCUGUCACCUCUGCAGUUCGGCAUGACGAUCAGCAAUUUUAUGCUGCUCUUGCUGAUGAACAAGGUGCCGUUGCUGCCGAUGAAGGUUUGACUGGCUUAUGGCGCAAGAUCAAACACCUCCUUCCAAAAGGCGUUGCCAGAAAGAAAGCCAACAUACGCUGUAUCGGCCCUCAGCUUGAUGACCUUACAGCACAUUAUUCUCAACUUGAAGCAGGCCAAGAAAUUGCAUAUGAAGAUUUGCUUCGACAAUGUGCCCGUCGCCAAUCUGAUGCACAAGCAGACUUGCCCUUGCAAAUCCAGCUAUCAGACUUGCCGACUCGGGUUGAAGUUGAACAAAUUUGCAAGCUGGCCAAAAGGCGCAAGGCUCCUGGUCUGGAUGGGGUCCAAGCAGAGCAUCUUCAAGCUCUCAUGAGUGCCCAUUCUGACGUGUUUUUUCCGUUGCUCUUCAAAAUGUGGCAUGAGAGGGAUAAUGCUCCUCGACGUGCUUGGCAAACUCUGCACAGCCUCAUGCGCCGUAAGUUGCUUCCAUGGGCAUCGCAAAACCGUAUGGAGACGCAGUUCGGUGGUUUUAGAGGACAACAAACUGUGUUUGCCUCGAUGCUUCUUCGCAGUUAUGCAAAAGUGCUCGAAGCCAAGAAGGUGUCGCUCGCCAUCAUCUUUGUUGAUGUGAAGAAUGCCUUCCAUUGCAUGCUGCGACAACACACUUUCGCAACUUCCAUGCAAUUGCCGGCCAAAUUGCGCCAUAUCCUUGCGGCAGAAGGUUUGGAUCCUGAACAGCUUACGGCCGACAUUGCGCUCCAUGCACGUGCAUUUGAUAGUGCCCCCUCUACCAUUGCACGACUCAUAAAGGAUGCCCACUGUGACACUUGGUUCACAUGCCCAGGGUCUGACAAGUGUUUUGAGACAGCAAGAGGAUCCCGUCCUGGAUCCCCCAUCGCCGAUUUAGCCUACAACAUCAUGACCAGUGCCCUCAUGAAAGAGCUUCAAAUGGUUUUGCAUCAGAUCCCUCUCAUUCAGCAGGCCAAUAGUUUCAUGGAAUGCCUUUUGCCCACCAUUGCAUGGGUUGAUGACAUCGCCUUGCCACUGCCCUGCCUUCAAGCCAAUGACUUGGAUCCACUGAUCUCUGAUGUCAUGCAGCGUGUGCAUCAGAUUUUCCGAAGUUAUGGGCUUCGUUUGAAUUGCGCACCCGGCAAAACCGAAGCUAUUGUGCAAUAUCGGGGUCACGGCGCCCCAGAGCGUCGACAGGCUCGUGUUCUUGAGGAGCUCAGUCGACUGGAAGUUCCUGGCCAUGACCCCUUGCAUGUUGUCACGCAAUACACCCACUUGGGGAUUGUUGUGGCGCAGACUUGUGAUUUGCGUCAAGACUUGAAUGAGAAGAUUGGCAAGGCAUGUGCGGCAUACCGAAGUAUGAGCAAAAGCAUUUUCCUGAACAGACGCCUCACCAUACCGCUUCGACUGAAGCUUCUUGAUGCACUGGUAUUGCCAAUUGUUUUUUACGGCAGUGGAAGUUGGCCGUUAUUGAACGCCCGGCAGUUUCAACAUCUGUCAUCAGUCAUCACGAAAUGGCAAAGGCAAAUUGCAGGAGAUGGAUUUUGGAAAACUACCACCAUCACAGAUGCAGAAUUCCGUGCUCGAUGGCGCAUCCCUCCACUUGCAGUUCGUUUGGCCAAGCACCGGCUGCUCUUUUUGCUUCAGUUGCACCACCAUGGACCACGAAUUGUUUGGGAUGUCAUCACGGCAGAGGAUGCCCUUUGUCGUUCCACUUGGUUUGAUGCAUUGCGGCAUGCUUUUCACUGGUUGGGCACUAUGGUUCCAGAUCUUCCUGUGCAGGAGUGGACAUGCGAAGAAAUCUUGCAAUGGACACAUGAUGCACAUGCAAAGAUGCCUAAUACCAUUAGACGUGCAGUGGCGCGCUACCUCACGCAAGAGCAGACCAUUCAUCAUGUUGCUUCCAUGCACAGAGACAUCAAGCAGAUGUGCCAAGAGCAUGGAGUUUGCUUUGAUGACCCUCCAGCAGCAGCCCAUGAUGGUGUGUUACAUGAUGUUUUUGCUUGCCCCACUUGUUCGAAGCGAUUCUCUACCAUUCAGGGCCUGACAGCUCACCGCUGGAAGCAGCAUGGACACAUUUCAGAAGAGCGCCGAUUUGUGUACAAUGGAGUUUGCGAAGGAUGCCGUAAAUGUUUUUGGACUGCCCAACGUCUUCAGCAGCAUCUUCGCUAUUCCAAAAGGAAACCCAAUGGGUGUUUUUGGUGGGUGUCUCAACAUUUGGAUCCGCUUGAACAACCGGCAUCAGUUGCUAUGCCCGACAUUUUUCGUGGCCAACAUCGACUCCCUUGUGUUGCUGCAGCAGGACCUGAUCCCCAGACGGUUUCCACACGUUGGAGUCGCGCGCAUCAACAUGAUUGGGAAGUCUGGCAAGACGAAUGGCGCAAGCAAGGAUUUCCAGAUGAACUCUCCAGCAGUCUUUGUGAUGCAGUUCAUGAAGCUCUUUCUGCAGCCACCCUGAACUGGUGUCUGGAUCCUGCAUGUGAUCUUACAUGGACGUGGUGCGAGAUCGUGGAAGCGUAUCACCAGGACGCUGCUCUGCAUUCUCAAGCCAUUUGGGCCUUUGCUUUGUGGGGACGAGUAUCCAUGUAUGAUGUCAUUGACCAAAUCGAGGAUGUGGAUCACAAGCUCCAUGUGGAAGAGCAGUAUCUACAAUUGGUCUAUGAAAUGCCCGUUGCUGGCUUGUUGGAUCGCUUGGAGCGUUUGCACCGUGCUACUCCUCCAGCUCCCUCGACCCAGACGAAACCGCCUUCAGCAAAUGAUUAUCGACAACCACAACCUGCCGAGCCCUUUCCUAACGCCUAUGACAACAGUGCUCACCUGCUAGGCCCGGUAAAUGACCCUGAGGUUUGCACAUGGCCGGCUCAGACUGGGGUGCCGAUUUGCGAGCUUCCUGAUGGACGUCGAGCGAUCAUCAUUUUGCACCUUUUUUCAGGCCGCCGCCGAGAAGGAGAUUGCCACGACUGGGCUGCUCAAUUGGUCUCGCAAUACCUGCCAGGAUAUGAGGUCAUGAUGCUCUCCAUCGAUACUGCAGUCGGUGGUGCGCUAUGUGAUCUACUUUCUGGCCCUGGUUUGGACUCCCUUUUGCGCAUCGUGAAGUGUGGUCUCAUCACAGGAUCACUCUCUGGACCACCAUGUGAAACAUGGAGUGCGGCGAGACAUUUGCCUCCACCGCCACAAAUCGUGGCCCGCUGGCCUCGACCUUUGCGGUCGUCCGAACGUGCAUGGGGAUUAGCUUUCCUCACGCACCGAGAAUUGCACCAGUUGGCCACUGGCAGUGCACUGAUGCUUUCAAAUAUCAAGAUCGAGCUCACGGUUGUGCUCAACGGUGGAGCAGCGCUUCUUGAGCAUCCUGAUCUUCCUGAAGAUCCUGCAUUUGCCAGCGUCUGGCGAACACCACUUCAACUUCGCAUUUGUGGUGCAGCUCCAGGACAUCAACGUCUACAUAUCCAGCAAUGGAAAUACGGUGCGGCCGCUGUCAAGCCUACGCUCAUCCGAGCAAUGGGACUGCCACGCUCCGCUACAGGCAAAAGAGAAAGUCACGCCUAA